CCAUCAAGGUACAUCGCCAUCUAGUGUCGAAGUUCCAAUCUUGAUUAUCAGGACUAGUUACAAGGAAAACAUAUGAAGGAAAGGAAGAAAAUUCUUAGGUUACUAGUUAAAUGUUGUAAACGAGAGUAAACAAUGCAACAUUUAUCUGUCAACAGUAACUACAUUUUUGUUUACUUAUUACGCAAAGAAUAAUAAUAAAUGUUACUGUACAGGUAUGUAGAAUGCAGUGAAUUCUAUUUAUUCAACAAUUUAAGGAAACUAAUAUAUUAUAUGUCUCUAAGUUAUGUCAAAGUAUAACUUACUUUAAUUUGUAUAAGUACAUUUAUAAAAAUAUAGCAAAUAAAGUAAUACAAUAUAAUAUAAUUGUAAUUAUGGAAACUGGUCAAGAGCAGCCAGUGGAUAAUAUGAUCCUCAAGGAAAACAGUGUCAAACAAGAAAUAUGUAGCAGCAUUGACGAGAGUGUAGAUGAUGAAGCUAAAAUAAAUAUGGAAGCCAGUAUUGAAGAUGAACAUUGUGUAAAACCCCUUGAUAUUACUUGCGAUAAAUCACAUGACGAAUCUUUCAAGAAACCAGCACUAUUAAUUGGACCAAGACGUGGAAAACCUGGAAAAUUGCGUAUUGUGCAUAAUAUUCCAACACCUGCAUUAUUUGAAGAAACUAUGGACACAAAUUCCAAGGAUCAUGCUGAUAUUCAAGUAAAUAGUACUUCUGAGCUUGAAGGAAUAUCUAAAAUAAAUGUUGAAAAGCCAAAUAUAGAUCUACAAGAUUUACAGAAAGAUAAACAGCUUCCAUUACCUUAUCGAGAACCUAAUUGGGGUGGACAACCUGAACAAGAUUAUAAAUUGGAGGUAUUGAAAUCAGGAGUCAUUUUGGAAACACAUGAUUUAACAAAAAAAAGUUUUCAUGUUUUUGGAAGACUUCCAGCGUGCGACAUAUCCCUUGCACAUCCGACAAUUUCAAGAUAUCACGCAGUUCUUCAAUUCAGAGCAGUUGACGAUGAGAAACAUCCUAAGGGUUUUUAUUUGUAUGAUCUUGGAAGUACACAUGGCACCUUCUGGAAUGGAAAUCGCAUAAGGCCUAAUACUUACGCAAGAGUACAGGGAGGUCAUAUGAUUAGAUUUGGCUGUAGUCAAAGAAAAUUUAUUUUGCAAGCACCUCCAGAAGACGUUGAAGAAGAAUCUGAAUUAUCCCUGACUGAGUUGAAGGAAAAAAGAAGAUUGGACCUAGAAGAACGUGCUAGAAUGGAAAAUGAGCGUAAGGUAGAGGAGGAAGAGGCAGAGAGAUUAAGAAAAGAACAAGAAGAAAAUGAAGGAAUCGAUUGGGGAAUGGCAGAAGAUGCAGACGAGGAGACAGAUUUGACUGAGAAUCCAUAUGCAUCUACUAAUAAUGAAGAAUUGUUUUUGGAUGAUCCGAAAAAAACAUUGAGAGGCUGGUUUGAGCGAGAGGGAUAUGAUUUACAGUAUCAAACUGAGGAUAAAGGCAUUGGACAAUUUUUAUGUUGGGUCGAAUUACCUAUAGACAACGUUACUGGUCGCGCAGUUAGAGCAGAAGCGCUUGUUAAAGGAAAGAAGAAAGAAUCUGUUAUACAAUGCGCCUUAGAAGCCUGCCGUAUUUUGGAUAGACACGGUUUGCUGCGUCAAGCUACUCAUGAGGCGAGAAAGAGGAAAGUGAGGAAUUGGGAAGAAGAGGAUUAUUAUGAUUCAGACGAAGACAAUUUCUUGGAUAGGACAGGAUCCAUAGAGAAGAAACGUGAGCAAAGAAUGAGAAUCGCUGGAAUAUUAGAAACAAAAGUGGAAACGUAUUCAUCAUUGCUCAAACAACAUACUGAAAUUACUCAACAAAUUAAAGCUAUUGAAAAAUCUUUACAUAAUGCUCAAAUGAUAAGAGAUAAAGCCAAUGAAGACUCAAUUGAAGAUGCUUUGGAUGCAUUCAUGUCUGACUUAAAGUCAUCAACUAUGAGCAAGAGUGACAUUACAAAACUCAAAUUAGAACUACAAAACUUGCGAAAAGAAGAGGCGAGAUUAAUAAAAUUAGUAAAUAUUGCUAAACCUGCAAAUUUACCAUCGCUUACACCCCAUGUGCGAAAAGGUGAAACUGGACAGACUGAUAAAAAAUUUGAAAAAGUAAUACCAAUGGUUGGUCACACAAAAAAGCUUAAACCAUUGUCAAAGAAAUCAGAAACAAAAACCUCUUAUGAUUUAUCUAUCAUGUCGAUGGACACGACCAAUAAAAAGGAGCAUGACAGCCAUAAUGAUGAUGAUCUGACUGAUGACAUAGAUAAUAAUACAAAAAUUCCUCAUGAACAUCCAAGAGAAAAAUUCAAUGAUAUUCUAGAGGCAAGGAAUGAGGAUGUACAGGAAGAAAUGUCUGUAAAUAAUGAAAAGCAGAUACAAGAAGAUCCUAGUAUAAAAUAUAAUGAUAAUCCUGCAGAGAAGGUGGAUAAUGAUCAUAGUAUUAAUAAUAUGGAAGAUGCAGAAGAGGAAGAACAUGAGAAGAAUGAAGUAGAAGCAAGGAAGAAAAAGAAUCGCAAUCUUAAGAGAACCCAAGUGAGAACGGAAAAAGCUGCAAAGGAAAUUCAAAAAGCUUAUGAGCAAGAUAUGUUCAGAGAAGGAUAUUCAAUGUGGAUUCCACCUCAAGAUCAAAGUGGAGAUGGGAAAACAAAUCUUAAUCAAAAGUAUGGUUAUUGAAGUAAUCUUGAAUAACUCACUUGAACACAAAAUAUCAUAAGAUAUUUGUAUAUAUAUUGUACAUAAUUAUGUUUUAUAUAACAGUUAUUACUUCAGUGUGCACGAAAUUUACAUUACGACAAAGGCUAUAAUGACAAUAUUUGUAACUUUAUACGUAAUUUAUACAAAUGCAACACAAUUCAUGCAGUUGCAGGGAUGUUCAUUUAUUUGGACUGUGUCACGCUACGUCUGUUAAAUUUUCAUGAUGUAUGCACUGUUGUCAUAAAGAUAUAAUACUUAUUUUAUUUUAAUAAUAAAAGUUUUCUAAUACAGUACCUUAA